AUGAGCGCCCUUGUGAGAUUCCUAAUGUUUUUCGCGCUAUGCGCAACGUUGGCCAACAGUCAGGAUACCAGCGAGGCUGCAUCGAAUCCGGCUGCCGACGAUACCACAGAGGCGGGCCGUGGCCUGGCCAGUAGCAGCUAUGAGCCGGAUAAUAAGCUGGCGCUGAAGAAGAACUCGCACAUCUACAUGGGCAUCUACAAGAACUACAAGAGCACCUAUCUGGGCAACAAGACAACCAGUGAAUACAAGAAGCGUUUGCGGGAUCGCAUCAAUGGCGCACCGCAGCCAAGUCAAGUAACUGACUACCAGGAGCUGGAGCAGGAUGAGCCGCAGCAGCAGCAACAGGCUGUGGAUGAUGUGCUGGUGCAGGAGCUGCGCAGUGAAGCAGAUGCCGACGCGCUGCUGGAGGCGCAAACCGAUACGCCCAUCUACGAUGAGAGCGAAACGGCGGCAGGCAAGAAGCGACGCAAGCGUAAACGCAAGAAUCGCAAUAACGAGAAGAAAUUGGGGGAAGGCAGCCAACCGGAACCGGAUGAGCCUAUGCAAAACAAUGUGGAGCUGUACCAUGUGGGACCAGGUCUCAAUGUCAGUCUGGACAUGAGCAAUGAUAUUGUGCGUGUGAAAUUGGAUGGCGAGAAUCUCAGGGAGAUUAUUGGUGCACGCUGGCUUGUCACGGACAACAGCGAGGAGGGUCGUGGCAAGAAGUACGAUAUGAUCACAAAGGUGCUGCCGCUGUUUAUACUACCAUUUCUCAUACAGUCAGCGAUUGUGCCGUUUCUGGUGACCAAGUUGAAGCUGCUGCUGGUCAAGUCCAUUUUGGUGGGUAAGCUGGCCAUAUUCUUGCUCAUACUCUCGGCCAUCAAGAACAGCAACAAAAUGAUGCAAUCCUAUGAGGUGGCACCCUCCUAUUGGGCCAGCGAGCCGAGCCGAAGAUCUGAACUGGCAGCAGCCGCCUCAUCAGCGGCCGCAGCUUACAAUGGCUAUCGGGUGGAGGGGAAACCCACCACCUGGGUGAAUUAGAGAGAGACUUUAGACAGCUAGUUGAACAAAAUAGAGACAAGAACACACUCAAACACACAAACCAAUUGCAAUAAGUUUCAC